UGCUUAAUAAAUUUACGGAGAACAUAAUUGAGAAGGCAAAAUAUGGCCACUCCCAUUUCCUCCGUCUCCCUCACCAUGAGGUGUUUCUUGUAUGCUUAUUUUCUCUGUCUAUGCCUUCUCUUCUCUUUGGAGAAGGGCUAUGCCCUUGAAGGAAGGAAAGUUGCUGAAAGCCACCAUAGCCAUUCCAUCGAAGUGAGCUCUCUACUUCCAUCAGCUAGCUGCAAACCUUCCACCAAAGUUCUCAGCAACAACGACAACAAGGCAUCUCUCAAGGUAGUCCACAAGCACGGGCCUUGCUCUAAGCUAAGCCAAGACGAGGCAAGUGCUGCUCCAACACACACUGAGAUCCUCCUUCAAGACCAGUCCAGGGUCAAGUCAAUUCACUCUAGGCUCUCAAAUUCCAAGACCUCAGGUGGCAAAGAUGUGAAGGUGACUGAUUCAACCACCAUCCCAGCCAAGGACGGCAGCACAGUUGGUUCAGGCAAUUAUAUUGUGACUGUGGGACUUGGCACACCCAAGAAGGAUCUCUCUCUGAUUUUCGACACUGGAAGUGACAUUACAUGGACACAAUGCCAGCCAUGUGCAAGGUCUUGCUAUAAACAAAAGGAGCAGAUAUUUGAUCCAAGUCAAUCAACAUCAUACACCAACAUUUCAUGCUCCUCAUCAAUCUGCAAUUCACUUACUUCUGCAACAGGCAAUACUCCUGGCUGUGCUUCCUCAGCAUGUGUCUAUGGCAUCCAAUAUGGGGACUCCUCGUUUUCGGUAGGAUUCUUCGGCACAGAAAAGCUAACCUUAACAUCUACUGAUGCGUUCAACAACAUCUACUUUGGUUGUGGCCAAAACAACCAAGGUCUCUUUGGUGGCUCGGCUGGACUACUUGGCCUAGGUCGUGACAAACUAUCUGUAGUGUCACAAACUGCCCAAAAAUACAACAAGAUCUUCUCCUAUUGUCUCCCGUCUUCCUCUAGCUCAACCGGGUUCCUAACUUUUGGUGGCUCGGCUUCAAAGAAUGCUAAAUUCACACCACUUUCAACAAUAUCUGCUGGCCCCUCCUUUUACGGCCUAGACUUUACAGGAAUAAGCGUUGGUGGGAAAAAACUAGCCAUCUCUGCAUCAGUUUUCUCAACUGCUGGUGCUAUCAUAGAUUCAGGGACUGUCAUUACAAGGUUGCCACCAGCAGCCUACUCUGCGCUUCGCGCCUCAUUCAGGAAUUUGAUGUCCAAGUAUCCGAUGACAAAGGCACUAUCGAUACUUGACACUUGCUAUGAUUUUAGCAGUUAUACCACCAUCUCAGUGCCUAAGAUUGGUUUUUCCUUUAGCAGUGGGAUUGAGGUAGAUAUUGAUGCGAAAGGGAUUUUAUACGCGAGUAGCAUAUCCCAAGUGUGCCUGGCAUUUGCUGGAAAUAGUGAUGCAACUGACGUGUUCAUUUUCGGAAAUGUUCAGCAAAAAACACUAGAAGUUUUCUAUGAUGGCUCGGCCGGGAAAGUUGGAUUUGCUCCUGGGGGUUGUAGCUGAUUAAUCUCAAGCCAGCUCUCAUGGUAGAUAUUGUACGAGUAAAAAUUUGAACCUUAAAUACUGUUGGCGUUAGCAGAGGGAAAUGCCCAAGGCAUUGAUGAUGAAUAAUAGCAGAAGACUCAUGCAUAAGUGAAUUGUGGAACGAAAGGAAUUAAGUGUUAUAGUGGCCUGUAGUGGAUAAAUAAAAGUGAAUAAUAUAAAUUAAGUCUUUGAUGAACAAA